CAAUAAUCGCCAUCCAACCCGUCACUCCUCUAAACUUGAGGAAACCCGAAGGUAAACUUUGGGAAGGCUGCUGGAAAGUUUUUAGCAACUCAGUGUUGUAGUUCAAUAAAAUAAUCCCUCUAAAAUGAAGGACAUGACUUCUGAAGCAUGAAGGGAAUGAAGUCUUCGCUUUGACGCGCAACGCAAAAUGGACAGGACGCGCAGGUUCACUUUGGGAAUAAUAAUAACAGCUGUUGUCCUAUGCAAAUACUCCCAGGCUGAAUGGAAUACCACAAAGACACCAUGCAAUCACCAUGACAACAGCAGCAACUGCACAGAUUCAAAUGAUGAGCACAAAUGGAGUGGGCAUUUUUCUAAGUGUCCAAAAGAAUACAAGCAUUACUGUAUCCAUGGUGUUUGCCGUUUUGUAAAGGAGCAGAACACUCCUUCAUGCAGAUGUGAAACAGGAUAUAUUGGCACUAGGUGCGAAUAUCUUGAUCUUGAUUAUCAUGUAGGAGAACGAAGGAAAAUAAUCAUCGCAUGUGUGGUCGCAGGAUUGGUCUUUCUGAUUCUGCUCAUCGUCUUCAUAUGUGUCUGUACACACAAACAAUAUAAUCCAUGUAGAAGAAAGAAGAGAACAAAGGAAACAAGUGAUGAAGAUGAGAAGCUCAGUUCACUAAACACACGUGAAGCUUUAGCUGCUCCGGUCGGCACAUCCGACACAAAUGUUGUAUGAAGUGAGUGUGUUUAUUUCUUCUCUUACUUCAUUCCAUUUACGUUAAGUAUGUGGUGCAUUAGGGCCACUUACUUAUCAGAUUAUUAAACCAGCGGCUCUCAAAUGGUUCAGGACUCAGAUUUUACUUUAGAUAUCAA